AUGGAAAGCGAGGAAUCGUUGGGUUCCAGCUUCAGCGAAGUCGUAGACGAUACAAAAUAUGAAAGUGGUGCCAGUGAAAGCGGAAAGGAAUCAUCGGUGCCGAUGCUUAGGAAGAGUUCUUCGGCAAGUUUCCCAUCUCGAUCGCUCUCGCAGCUCAGUCUACCGUCGAUCGAUGUGUCUACAGCCGGUGAUGGUGGAAGCGUCUCUCCAGCCAGUGGAUAUUCUGGAACGGAUGAAGAGGAUGUAAGCUUAGCAUCAGCUGUCGAGGCGCCUAGUGCAGAACCUGUUCUGGUAAUUGACAAGGAAACAAGAAACAUCAAUCAGUGGAAAGUAAAUAUCAGCAAAAUCGUGCCGAUGAGGGAUAGCACAACCGGGCGUACUAUAUAUGUGUACGUUAUUGAUGUCGAGCGUAAAGAAGCAAAGGACAAGGAAACGAAGUGCUGGUGUAUAUAUCGGCGAUUUGCUGAAUUCUACGUGCUGGAGAUGAAACUGCUGGAAUUUCAUGGUGAUUCGCUUCGCUUCACUUUGCUACCGCCGAGAAAGACAUUGGUCAGUAGAAACCGCGCUUUUCUGGAGCAGCAUCGUCUUUUGUUUUCAAUGUUCCUUUCAUCGCUAUGCAAACAGGUGAGCGCUUUCAAUUUCUUGACAAAUUCAUGA